AUGUCAGACACAACAAGUAUAGAGCUAACAAGCACAAACACAAAGCUACCGCUCUCUCCGAAUACUGCUUCAGAUGUUUCUUCUGCUGCUGCCCCUAAAUCAAAAUCAAAAAACAAGGAAAGCGUCGCCAUGUUGAAACUGUUUCGAUUUGCUACACCUCUAGAGCGCAUCCAAAUCAUCAUUGCAAGCAUAUGCUCGGCUGGCUCUGGUGCUCUACUACCUGUUUCCAUCAUCAUUUAUGGAGCUUUCAUAUCGAAUGUAACCACAUCUCUUGACGACUACAAUGCAUUGCUUAAUGCGACAUACCCAGUGAUUCAUACCAUGACCUACAUGGGAACUGCCAUCUUGGUGGCGUCUUAUAUCUCCAACUGUUUGUGGAUCAUGACGGGUGAGAGUCAAACUCGUCGUAUUCGUACUCUUUAUCUCCAUGGUGUUCUUCGUCAAGAUAUGAGCUGGUUUGAUACAGCUACCGAGGGGUCAUUGAAUACAAGAUUGGCUUCGGAUACACAAAUAAUUCAAGACGGCAUCUCUGAAAAGUUUGGACGCUUCAUCAUGUCACUGUCUCAAUUCAUCACAGGCUUCGUUGUAGCUUUUGUUCAAGGUUGGCGAUUGGCUAUUGUCAUGUUUGCUGCUACUCCAUUCAUGUUCAUUGUUGGCGGAUUGAUGGGCCAUUUUACCACCAAGUAUACUUUGGCUUCUCAAGAUGCCUAUGCUCAAGCAGGCACUGUUGCUGAAAAUGCUUUCAAUUCCAUUCGUACCAUCUACUCAUUUAACCUAGAGAGAAGAUUUCUGAACCGCUACAAGAAAGAACUCGAUAAUGCUUUCUCCAGUGGUCUAAAGCGCGCCACUGUUUCUGGUCUCGGAAUGGCUGCUAGUAUGUCUUCCAUGCUCUGCAUCUAUGCUCUGACCCUUUGGUACGGCUCCACACUGGUCAUCAAAGAUCAAUUAACUGGCCCCACUGUCUUUAUCGUUCUUCUCAGUAUGAUUCUUGGGUCUGUUGGCUUGUUUACCUUUCCUAUCAACCUCGCUGCCAUCUCUGCCGCUCAAGGAUCCGCUUACAGAAUGUUUGCCAUUAUUGACCGCGUACCUGAUAUCGAUGUUGAUGCUAAGGAUGGUAUUAUACUUGAUUCUAUUACUGGAAAUAUUGAGUUCAAGAAUAUCAUGUUCAACUAUCCCACUCGUCCUGGUGUCACGAUCCUGAACAAUUUGUCAUUGAAAAUUUAUGCUGGCAUGACGGUAGCUUUUGUCGGUCCAAGCGGUUCUGGUAAAUCAACCGCUAUCCAACUAAUGCAACGAUUCUACGAUCCUCUGUCUGGCUCUAUUUGUCUCGAUGGCCAUGAUAUCAAAACACUGAAUGUCAAAAACUUGCGUCAAAAUAUCGGUAUCGUUCAACAAGAGCCUACACUAUUCAAUUUGAGUAUUCGCGAGAAUAUUUUGAUGGGGUGCGACGAGAAGAUCUCUGAUGAGGACCUUGUGUCUGCCUGUCAAGAGGCCAACUGCCACACAUUUGUUUCACAGCUACCCGAUGGCUACAACACGCUGGUUGGCGAACACGGUGGUAUGUUGUCUGGUGGUCAAAAGCAGAGAAUUGCUAUUGCUCGUGCUAUUGUGAGAAAUCCUUCUAUCUUGCUAUUAGAUGAGGCUACGUCUGCGUUAGAUACUCAAUCAGAGCGUCUUGUCCAAUCUGCCCUGGAUAAAGCCUCUUCUAGCCGAACAACAAUCGUCGUUGCACACCGUUUAUCCACCAUCAAGAAUGCUGAUCUCAUCGUUGUCUUGAAUCAUGGCUGUAUUGUUGAGCAAGGCAAGCACGAUGAAUUGCUUGAGAAGCAUGGUGUUUAUGCUGAUCUCGUCAGCAAGCAAAUGAUCACUGAUAUAACGGAUGACAGUGUCAAGUCGGAAGAUGCAGAAGUCCUUCUUCAACAAGAGAAACUGGACGUGCAAAAGCAAGCUAAAGUGAUAAAGAAUGAAGUAGCUCUCAAUCUCUCGCAAACGGAUACUUUCGCCUUCCAAGACCACAAGAAGAUUCUCGAAAUUGAAGGCAAUUCCCCUGUUGAUGUUGCUCACACCACUGCUGCCUAUGACCUUAAGCUCAAGACUCUCCAGGAGGAGAAAGAAAAGCUCAAGAAACAAAAGGCACCCUUCAAGAAAGUUUUCAUGCAAAUGCGUCCCGAAUGGAAAUAUCUAGCCAUAGGUGUUCUCAGUGCUGCUAUUGCUGGUGCAGUCUAUCCCAUUUAUGCGUUUUUGCUUUCCAGAGUUGUCACUAUUCUCAGUUUACCAGGCGUUGAUAUCAGUCCUGGACCCAUGCAAGGCGCUAAUUUGUAUGCUUUCUGUUUCUUUAUGCUGGCUGUUGCUUCUUUUGUUGGCUACGGUGGUCAAAACUUUUCCUUUGAGCUUGCUGGUGAAUUCUACACAAGACGCUUACGAGGCGAAUUGUUUGCUGCUUUUUUGCGUCAAGAGGUUGGUUAUUACGAUCAGAGCGAAAAUACAGCUGGUGCCCUUACCACUCGCUUGGCCCUGGAUACACGCAACGUGAAUGAAAUGAUUACCAAAUCUUGGGGUGAUGCCACUCAACUGAUUGCUACGGUCGUCGUAGGCUUGGUAAUUGCUUUUGUUCAUAGCUGGGCUCUUACCUUAAUUCUUUUGCUCAUGGCACCUUUCAUCAUCGUUGCUACUGCCUAUGAAACCAGUGUUCAUCGUGGAUUUGAAGAUAAAACGCAGAAGGCCAACUCGCUCUCAGGUGAAGUGGGCGGUGAAGCAAUUCGUGAGGUCCGUACCAUUGCUUCUUUAAACAAGCAACUCUACUUUGAAGAUCGCUUCUUUCAAACAACCGAGCAUCCCCAUAAGCUAGCUCAACGCAAGGCUUACUUGUCCUCCAUUGGUUUCGCUUUAAAUCGUGGUAUUGGUCUGUACACAAAUGCUGUAAGUUUUUAUGCUGGCAUGCGCUUGAUCGUCAAUGGCACCAUCUCGUUCCCCCAAAUGUUCACCACCAUGACAGUGAUGAUCAGUACUUCUGAGAACAUUGGCAACAGUUCCGUGUUUGCUAGCACCCUUGCAAAGGCUAAAUACUCGGCACUGGCUACUUUUGAAGUUCUGGAACGUCAGCCAAAGAUUGACCCUCAACUGGAAGGCAUUGAGCCUGCUCAUGACACUGUUGAUGGAGAUAUCAGCUUUACAAAUGUUCAAUUUGCGUAUCCUGCUCGUCCUGAUGUUGAUGUUUUCAAGGGUCAAUUCAAUCUUUAUGGUAAAUCUGGUCAAACAAUAGCGAUUGUAGGUCCCUCUGGCUGUGGUAAAUCGACCACUAUUGGCAUGCUCCAACGUUGGUACGAUGCUCAAUCUGGUACUGUUGCCCUGGAUUCACACAAUGUCAAGUCUUACACUCUGAGCAACUUGCGAAGUCAUAUGGCCAUCGUCAUUCAGGAGCCAGUUCUCUUUGACAUGUCAAUCAUUGACAACAUUCGCUUCGGUGUGGAUGAUGGCAUUGAGGUCACUCAGCAAGAAGUCGAAGAUGCCUGUAAAGCUGCUAAUAUCCAUGAAUUCAUCAUUAGUUUACCAGAUGGAUACAAUACCAAAGUCGGAAACAAGGGCUCUCAGCUCUCUGGCGGUCAAAAGCAAAGAGUCUCUAUUGCCCGCGCUCUGAUUCGUAAACCAAAGGUGCUUUUGUUGGAUGAAGCGACUAGUGCUCUUGAUAGUGACAGCGAGCGUCUGGUUCAAGAAGCUCUGGAUAACAUCUUGGAGAAAGGAGGAAGAACUACUAUUACUAUUGCUCACCGUCUCUCUACAAUUCAAAAUUCAGACUUGAUCUGUGUCGUGAAGGAUGGUCGUGUUGUUGAACAAGGCUCCCAUCAGUAUCUGUUGUCUUUGAAUGGCAUCUACUCUGAGCUUGUUCAUGAGCAGUCGCUCAAGGUAAUAUAA